AUGGGAACUACUUACGAUUAUACCUACGAAUAUGAAGUAACAGAUGCAAAUAGACAUCAUCGAAAUACUGGUGGAAAUAUUGGAAAUUAUGCCCCGCGAGCUAUCGGACACCAACAACAUCAUGGGAUAUCAGUUCCACAUACAAGUCGUACAGACAUGAUGGACUCAUUAGCUAAUUUACAACGUGAUCGAAUAUGGCAUAAACUUUAUGAUCCUCUUGAUAUGAAUAAAGCAACACACGAAGCUGAAAUUCAGAAAAUGGCUCGCCGUCAAGAUCGUAAAGUAAUUAAAAUUGAGGCAGCCUAUGGAUCAGAUCGGCAAACAUUUAUUGUUAAACGUAAUUAUGAUUUGCGUGUACGUGACGUACAAGAAGAUGCAGCAACAACAUUUCGAAUACCUAUUGAUCAAAUAAUUCUCUAUUGGAAGGGUCGAAAUAUUUGUGAAACACCAAAUGAAUCUUUGGAAUCAUUAGGCAUUGAAAAUAAUCAUACAAUGCGUGUUUGUCGAGGCGAUGAUCAAUCACAACAAAAUAGACAACGAGAACUACGUUCUUAUCAUGGAUCUGAUCAACAAUCUUAUUACCCUCAAUAUCAACAACAAGUUUAUUCAAAUUAUCCAACAAUGUAUGAUCACCAACAACAACAAAAUAUGAUUAGUCCACGCACUAACUAUUAUCAACAACUGACUAGUCCAGGUAUACCUGGUGCUGUUACUGCUAACCAUGUAGUCAAUUUACAAAUUGGCUUUGGUGAUCGAGUGGAAGGCCUCGUUGUCGGUCGACCACAUCCCAUAACAGCGUAUGAUUUACAAAUUGAAUUACAACAACGCUUCAAUAUACCGCUUCUCGAACAAAAUGUUUCAUAUAAUGGAAUGUCAUUAACUCAAUUUCCACCUGAUAUUUCAUUGGAUGCUAUUGGCAUUGUUAAUAAUUCGUUUAUUUCACUUUGGUAUAAAAAUGCUGUUCACCAUAAUCCACAACAACCAUCGAAUGAUUAUCAUUCUCCAGGACAACAAGCACCAGGACUAUAUUCUAGUGAUGGAUCUGUAACAGUACGUAGUAGUGAAAACUCAUCAAGGCGAAUGAACAACAGCAAUAGCGGAGACGACAUGAUCCAAAAUACGGGCAGCCACGAUGUACUCAAAAUUGAAGUAUUUCAUGGUUCUGAUCGGCAUGUACUUAUUUUACGUAGCCCAAAUAAUUUACGCGUUAUGGAUUUAAUGGAAGAGUUACAACGUAUAACAACUGUUCCAGUUUAUACUCAAAAAAUUUAUUAUCGUGGACAAGAAUUACAAACAAUGAGAGAACGUACAUUACGCGAUGUCGGCAUUGAUAAUAAUGCUCAAGUGAGAUUAAUUGGUGAUCCAGUAAAACCACGGUAUGAAGCGAUGAUUACAGGAAAUCGACCUCAUUGA